CCAAAACCAACCACAGCUUUCGCGUUCUUCGGCCUCGUAUUUUGUUGUAACUUGGUUUUCCUUCGAUCAUGGCAGAACAAACCCUCACCGGAGACCUAAAACUAGCCGCCAGAAAAUUCCCAUCUCGGCGAUCGCUAUCCGUUCCCGGCAAGAUUGAAAUCACGUACUCUCGCCUCGACAGCUUAAUCGACUCCGCCGCCUCAAGCCUAAUCGCCGCCGGUGUGGUCCCCGGAGAUGUUAUCGCGCUCACAUUCCCCAACACCGUUGAGUUCGUGAUUAUGUUUUUGGCGGUUAUCAGAUCGCGCGCGACGGCCGCGCCGCUCAAUUCUUCGUAUACUCAGGAGGAGUUCGAGUUCUACCUCUCCGACUCUGAAUCGAAGCUUCUCCUCACGAAUAAGCAGGGGAAUGCUGCGGCGGUUAAUGCCGCGGCCAAGCUUGGCUUACCCCACGCCACAGCCGAUCUGCCCGACGCCUCCAGCGUCGUGCAGAUAGACGGACUGCCGGGCACAGCGGUCGUAACAGACGAUUAUCCAUCGCCGGUUUCUACAAUCGCCAACGAGACCUCCGACGUUGCACUUUUCCUGCACACCUCCGGCACAACAAGCCGGCCGAAGGGGGUUCCCCUCACACAGCAAAACCUCGCCGCUUCGGUCAAGAACAUCCGAUCAGUCUACCGCAUCACGGAAACCGACUCAACCCUCAUCGUUCUCCCCCUCUUCCACGUACACGGUCUCCUCGCCGGGCUCCUCAGCUCGCUCACAGCCGGUGCUGCCGUGGCUCUGCCGGCCGUUGGACGAUUCUCUGCUUCGACCUUCUGGACAGACAUGCGGGCAGCCGGCGCCACCUGGUACACUGCGGUUCCCACCCUUCACCAGAUCCUACUUGACCGCCAUGCCUCAGCAUCGGAGGCGCCAUACCCGCCGCUCCGGUUCAUCCGCAGCUGCAGCGCGUCGCUAGCUCCGGCGGUUUUCUCGCAUUUAGAGGCUACUUUUGGAGCGCCGGUACUGGAGGCGUACGCGAUGACGGAAGCCUCGCAUCUAAUGUGCACGAAUCCACUGCCAGAAGACGGUCCACACAAACCCGGUUCUGUGGGACGGCCAGUCGGUCAAGAAUUGGCAAUUCUCGACGAGGCCGGUGCUGUUCGGCCGCCAGGAUUUCCUGGUGAGGUCUGCAUCAGAGGACCGAACGUGACCAAGGGGUAUAAGAAUAACACGGAGGUGAACCAGGCCGCUUUCUUGCACGGUUGGUUUCACACUGGCGAUAUUGGUUUCGUUGACGAUGAUGGGUAUCUUCACCUUGUCGGCCGCAUCAAGGAGCUCAUCAACCGAGGAGGUGAAAAGAUUUCGCCUAUUGAGGUUGAUGCCGUGUUGCUAGCCCACCCGGGAGUCUCACAGGCGGUGGCCUUCGGCGUUCCUGAUGACAAGUACGGCGAGGAGAUAAACUGUGCUGUGAUUCCGAGAGAAGGGACAGAGAUUGAUGUGGAGGAGAUGAAGAGUUACUGCAAGAAAAAUCUGGCAUCAUUCAAAGUACCGAAGAAAUUUUUUGUGACGGAGUCGCUACCGAAGACGGCGACCGGUAAGAUCCAGCGGCGGAUGGUGGCCGAGCAAUUUGUGGCUCAGGCGAAAGCUACCAAGGUCGGGGCUUAAGCUUUUACCUUUAAGCUUAAUUAAAUUGUUCGGCUCAUUUCGAUCGGUUAUAUUGCUAAACAAGAAGAAGGCUUAGAAGUUAUAGGAAUAGCUUGAAAGCGGACAUAGAAAAAAUUAAAAAUAAUAAUGCUUGUAAGAUAUUAUGAUAAAAAAAGCUUUAAGAUGGAUUUGUAUUAAUCUCAAUAUAAAUUAGACGGUUUGUAAGUAUAUGUUGAUAGAUUUUACAUCAAUA